CUCCUGUCUUUGGCCCAGGCUGCUGCAGGGCACGGGCGGGGACGCUGCAGCAAGCCGGGCUCUGGAGGGGGCGCUGCGCACUAGCCCGGCCCUUUGUCAUCGCGCACUGCUGGGAGCUCACACUUCUUCCAGUCUCCCGCGGGCUCUGGACUUGACUCUGACUGCAGCGCCUGCCUCAGGGACGCAGAUCUAGGGCCUUUGUCCCGAGCUGCGGGACGCGCGGGAAGCGCCACGCAGCGGAAUAGCCGUGAGUCCAGGAAGCGGAUCUCAGAGUAGAGGAGCGCUGCCCAGCCGUGCUGGGUGAAUUUGGGGAUGGAUGCGAGACCGCCGAGUACAAGUUCCCACCCGGCUGUGUGAAGUGUGGCUGUGCCAGCCCUCCUAGUUGUGAAGACCUGGCACUGAGGACAGAGACUGGACAGGCCUGGUUCAUCCUACUGGGUUCCGGGAGUGGACUGAAGCCUUAGCAGGAGCAUGAGUGAGGACACGGUCCCCGAGGCAGCCUCACCGCCACCCUCUCAGGGGCAGCACUACUUUGACCGGUUCUCUGAGGAUGACCCUGAAUACUUGCGACUUCGCAACCGUGCAGCUGACCUGCGACAAGACUUCAACCUGAUGGAGCAGAAGAAACGGGUCACCAUGAUCCUGCAGAGCCCUUCUUUCAGGGAGGAGCUGGAAGGCCUCAUCCAGGAACAGAUGAAGAAGGGUAACAACUCCUCCAACAUCUGGGCCCUCCGACAGAUCGCGGACUUCAUGGCCAGCACCUCCCACGCAGUCUUCCCAGCUUCCUCCAUGAACUUCUCCAUGAUGACACCCAUCAAUGACCUCCACACUGCCGACUCCCUGAACCUGGCCAAGGGGGAGAGGCUUAUGCGGUGCAAGAUCAGCAGUGUCUACCGUCUUCUGGACCUCUAUGGCUGGGCGCAGCUCAGCGACACCUAUGUCACGCUGAGAGUGAGCAAGGAGCAGGACCACUUCCUGAUCAGCCCCAAAGGGGUUUCCUGCAGUGAGGUCACGGCAUCCAGCCUGAUUAAGGUGAACAUUCUAGGAGAGGUCGUGGAGAAGGGCAGCAGUUGCUUCCCAGUGGACACCACCGGCUUCAGUCUGCACUCAGCCAUCUAUGCGGCCAGGCCGGACGUGCGGUGUGCCAUCCACCUGCACACGCCUGCCACAGCAGCGGUGUCAGCUAUGAAGUGUGGCCUCCUGCCUGUCUCCCAUAAUGCCCUGCUGGUGGGGGACAUGGCCUACUAUGACUUCAAUGGGGAAAUGGAGCAGGAAGCUGAUCGAAUCAACUUGCAGAAGUGCCUUGGACCCACCUGCAAGAUUCUGGUGCUAAGAAACCAUGGUAUGGUCGCCCUGGGUGACACCGUGGAGGAAGCUUUCUACAAGGUCUUCCACCUGCAGGCUGCGUGUGAGGUACAGGUGUCGGCUCUGUCCAGCGCUGGGGGGACCGAGAACCUCAUCCUCCUGGAGCAAGAGAAACACCGUCCGCAUGAGGUGGGCUCUGUGCAGUGGGCCGGCAGCACCUUUGGGCCCAUGCAGAAGAGCCGGCUGGGAGAGCAUGAAUUUGAAGCCCUCAUGAGGAUGCUCGACAACUUAGGCUACAGAACAGGCUAUACGUACCGCCACCCCUUCGUCCAAGAGAAAACCAAACACAAAAGUGAAGUGGAGAUCCCAGCCACGGUCACUGCCUUUGUGUUCGAAGAGGAUGGUGUCCCAGUCCCUGCUCUGCGCCAGCACGCCCAAAAGCAGCAGAAGGAAAAGACCCGCUGGCUUAACACUCCCAACACCUACCUGAGGGUGAAUGUGGCCGACGAGGUGCAGAGGAACAUGGGCAGUCCCCGACCGAAGACCACGUGGAUGAAGGCUGAUGAAGUGGAAAAGUCCAGCAGCGGCAUGCCCAUACGGAUUGAAAACCCAAACCAAUUUGUGCCUCUCUACACUGACCCCCAAGAAGUGCUGGACAUGAGGAACAAGAUUCGAGAACAAAACCGACAAGAUAUAAAGUCAGCCGGGCCUCAGUCUCAGCUCUUGGCCAGCGUCAUCGCCGAGAAGAGCCGGAGUCCGUCUACAGAGAGCCAGCUGGCGUCCAAGGGCGAUGCAGAUACCAAAGAUGAAUUGGAGGAGACGGUGCCCAACCCCUUCAGCCAACUCACUGACCAGGAGCUGGAGGAGUACAAGAAGGAGGUGGAAAGGAAGAAGCUAGAACAGGAGCAAGAAGGGGAGAAGGACGCAGCCACAGAGGAGCCUGGUUCACCUGUAAAGUCCACACCUGCGUCUCCUGUGCAGAGCCCAACGAGGGCAGGGACCAAGAGUCCAGCGGUCUCUCCUUCCAAGGCUUCAGAGGAUGCCAAGAAGACAGAAGUCAGCGAAGCCAACACAGAGCCUGAGCCAGAGAAACCAGAAGGGGUGGUGGUGAAUGGGAAGGAGGAGGAGCCGAGUGUGGAAGAGGUCCUCAGCAAAGGACCGGGCCAGAUGACUACCAAUGCUGACACUGAUGGCGACAGUUACAAGGACAAAACCGAGUCAGUUACCAGUGGCCCCUUGUCCCCAGAGGGCUCGCCCUCUAAGUCACCCUCCAAAAAGAAAAAGAAAUUCCGAACCCCCUCCUUCCUGAAGAAGAGCAAGAAGAAGGAGAAGGUGGAAUCCUGAUUAGUGGCUCAGUGGGUCCUGAUGCAUCCCUGCCCUCCUUCCUUACCUUCUCCCAACUCUGACCCUGAAGCCAGGGCCAAGGAGGGCAAGAGGAGAUCCUGGGAUCACACUCAGAGGGGAACUUAGAGCCUGCCUUCCCAGAGCAGCCAGGUGUCUUGUCCACAGUCACAGUUAGUUGGCAGCAAAGCCUGCCCUAGAUUUGAGCUUCCUGACUCCCGUGGUCAUCCUCUGCCCUCUGUUCAACACUGCCUAGUCCUGGGCUGCCUAUGUUAGGACACCACCUGCCCACCUGAGCCCAGGGUAGGAAGGCCAAACACCAGGCACUGUCACGGAUGCUCACAGACCAAGGCUUCUUCUGAGUAAGGUCCAUCUCUUCCCAGGAACCCUGCCUCCUGCUGAUGGAGCUGUCUCCACAGCAAGAAGCCAUGCUUCUCUCUUGGGUCCCUCCCCCCCCCCACCCCUGCUCAAAGUAACCAGAGAGACUGAUCUGUCCCCGCCAAUAGAAAUUAAUCUUUGAUCCCUGGGCUGAUGGCUUAGCUUGCACUCUCCCAAACACUAAACCUGAGCUUUCUCCAUGGAACCCAUUGAGUGAUGGAUGGAAAAACUCUAAGAGCCAACAAAUAGAGGGUGAAGUAAGUCAGCCUGGUGAGUGGGCAGGGCCGGGGGGCACCGAUCUAUGAGCCCAGGAGCCUGACCUGUCUGUACUGUGCAUCUCACAGGCUGAAAAAUUAAACCCAACUGUAGCUUAAGAAAAAGUCUUAUGCUCAGGGAAGAAGUCCUGGGACAUUGAAAUCUGUUGCUGGCAUUGAGUUGUGCCAGGAGGUCAGACACCCCUUUGGCUUUGCAUGCUAUGCAGGGCUGUACCUGCCUCACUCUUGCUUGGCAGCCAAGUGUCCCCUGGCCUUCCCACAUCCCCAAGAGCUCUUGCCCACAGACCAGAAGAUGCUCUUGGCAUCUCAACCUUGGCUCUUUGGGUCCCAACUCUGAGUCAGAGGGUCUAGCAGAGGAUGGUCAGAAAUGAGUCCUUUGGGGUUAAUUCUCUCUCACCAACUUUCAAAGACAUGGCUGACAUUCCCAACCCCAUCACCCUCUUGCACCCUGGGCCUUGGCAUUAGGCAGAGCUGUUGUUUUAAAUGCCAACACUGGUUUCCCCCCAUAUCCUCCCAACAAGUAGUGUUGGUUAAUGAACACUUCUGGCUCCAAGACAAUCCAUCUUCCUGAAAGCACAGCGUCUUCAAAGAGUAUUUCUCUCUUUUUGCCCUGGUUAUUGUAAAAGUGUUUUUGAAGUUUCUUGACUCAUCGGUUUUCACUUUGCACACGUGUGAUUACAAGCACGCCACAGGCCUCCCCUCUGCUCUCUCAACCCUCCACAGACUGAACCCUUUCAGGGACAACUGACUUGCUGAGCAGGGUGCGAAGGCUGGGUUUGAACCCAGGGCUGUCUGAGCCGAGUCCUGCCUCUUCCCAGCUGUGGUGAAUGGACAAUGGCCUUGACCCAUUAGCCAUCCCUACAGUUGGUCUUGGCUGUGUAGUGUUAGCACUUGAGAUGAAGGUCACUGUCAGUGAUGCAGUCAGCUGUGGAUGGUGGGAUGUCUAUGCCUCUGUCACUGGAGAUCUGAGCCCUCUGGCUGAAGCAGGAAACCCCACCACAGUUGGCUGUCUCUUGAACAGAGCUGAGGACCUAGUGUUGAUGUGGAGCUGCUGCCCAGGCCCUGUUUUUCUUUGCGUUUUGGUUGGGUCAAGUCUAAUGACAGACAACCCAAUGUCCCUGUGUACGAAUGCCCAGAGACUUCCUCUUAUAGGAAAUGCCUUCUUAAAAAUAAGAUUUCACAUUCAUUCAUUCAUUCAUUCAUUCAUUCUCUCUUAAUAUUCACUAGGCAUCCACUUGUAUCAGACAUUUUUAAAAAGAUAAGAAGAGUUGACCUUGCGGAGGCAGCAUUUGUGUGAGUCGGUGCUGAGUGAUGAGGUCUGUGGACUCUGUCCAAUGAGCUCUCUUUAUCCAUCCUCAUUAUAACACUGGAGCUUGCUUAGGUUAAGAUGUCAGAGCUUUCCCUGAACAUUAUCCUUCCAGAUAAUUGAUGGCUGAUUUGGUUUUUAAAACAAAGAGGAACAUCUGGGAAAAACAAAAGUCAGCAGAGAUGGACAGAUGUGGAAACGUGAAACUCCACACUGUGUCCCUCUGGGCCAUGCCAGAGUGUUAUGUGAAAGGUGACAAGGAGUGGUUCACAUCCCAGGUGGGCAGGCCUGGGUCUUAAGAACACUUGCAGACAGUGUGAGAGAUCUGAAUUUUACCGUAUUCUGGACACUGAGGACUGUUAGUUAGGGUAGAGUCACAAAUAGAAGUGUGGUAGGGUCCCUUUGGUGGCUGAGGGAGAGUACAGGUAAGGCUGUUGGCUGAUCUCACAGGCUGUGUUCUCCCCUACUGCACGGUAAAACCAUCUGGAGUGUUUACCAAGCUAAUAAUGCUGGGUUCACAGCCUCAGACCCUAUUCUGCUUUGGCAUAAGCUCACAGGAGAAGUGUAAAGACAUUUUACAAUUUCCUUCUUCCCUUGCACAUAAAGGAUGCUAUGAGCACAGCCCUGAGGACUGUAGAAAAGGCUGUGUGUCCCACACAGAACAUUUCUUUGGCUCUGUAAAUGUUGAUUCGGGGUUUGACCAGUGAGGAGGGAUUGUGAAAGCUAAGGAUUUACUGGUCACAGGCCUGUUUCUCACUGAGUCACUGUGCUUGCUACAGAGCAGGGUCAGAAGGUUGAACUGGUGCUACUGUGACCAGCUGGUUGGGAAGGCGAAGUGGCUUCCCAGCCUGUUUUUACACACUGUAGAGUCGUGCAGAGAGAGGCAGUCCUGGCUCCCGUGAUGUCAUACACCGGGGGUGGUUUCGAUCUGUGACUAUCCCCCAAACUGGAAAACAAAAACCAAAACAACCCUGCCCAGAGAUGCUCUGUACCACAGUCUGAAUCUGGCCCGUUAUCAGCUGACCCAAGGUCUGGUCCUUCUUAAACCAUGGGAAGAACCAGGUGACACUUGGUACUGAGUGUGAAGUCCUUGCUCUGUGGACGGGGGCAUGAGGGACAUGGGUGAGGACCUUAAGUCUCUCACAUUCCCCCUUUUAAGGCACUGCUCUGAGGCACCCAAUCAUGAGACAGUGCCUGAGCCUAGCCCCUGUGGGAUGGCAGUGUGACCAGAUGACAGAUGUCUGGCCUUGUGCUAACAGGACCUCCGCUCUGGCCGAUGUGAGCAGAAAUGCUGUAACGGAUCUGAAAGAAACAUUUGCCCCUGAGAGUGUGAAUGGUUAGACCUAAGUUUGGACACAGUAAGGAAGGUUUGCAUAAGGACAGGACACAGCCUGACCUAGGUAGACUAGUGUGCCAGGCUGUUUCAUAAAUGUGAAUUUUAUAUCUAGUUCUGGGCCAAAUGUCGUGAGUUCUUGACAGCCGAGCGGGACUAUUGAAACACACAUCCCUUUGCUCAUUUUACACGUGAUGCUCUACCAAUAUCCAUGGGCUCCUGGAGUACUUGCCAUCCACUGAGGGCAGAGGGGCCAUGAGGCUUAUGUCCUUUCUUGUCCAAUUGAACUCUCUAUGAUCCCAUAUAAUUCCGCAGGACCAAGAAAUGAAUAAAAUGCUAGAUACCUGCUCUCACUUCCCAUGGGAAAGACAAGGCACCUUACAGCUAAAAUGUAAUAGGAACUCCUGCCUGAGGUGGGUGGUCUAAUAUGAGAAGGAAGGGCCCAGAGGCAACUGAGACUCACGAAACAGUGUAUUUGGUUUUUGCAUGCAUGUCCUCUUUCUCCGACGGGAAGAGGCACCCACAGUACUGUGAUUGCUUCCUAGAGCACUAGCUAACCAGGACGCAGUGCUCUCCCUGUCAGAAUUCAGAGGCCAGGUAUAAAGCUCUGUUCCCAAGGCACCCAAAUGCCCCUCACUAGGGAAGCCACCUUGUCCAGAAGUCUGUGGGGAUCUCACACUGCGGGGGAUCUCUUACUGCAGUGGACAAAGUGCCUUUCGUUGUCUUUGCACUGAUAGUGCCCUGGAGAAGGCGGGCUGCUUUUCGUAGGAACAAUGAGCAAGAUACAUUAUUUGGGUGACCCUAGAAAGUACAGAAGUCACAUUCUGCCUCAUUCACAUGUGACAUUAGACUUUUGCCAAAUUGACUUUUGUACCGCUCGUCUCCGGAUUCUCCCACAAUUUGGGUGAUCAGUUUGAGGAUGCAGGGCCAGAGAUAGAAGAGGCUUUGGGUGCCAGGAAGACUCUGGCACAGGUUAGCCUGAGAAGGUGGUCUUCCAUGGGAGUCAAGUCCUCAGCCCCUCCCUCACACACCUCUCAAGCAUCCAGGGCAAGCCUGGACCCUGAGAGCUCUUUCCUAUCUCGGGUAGAAAUGACAUCUCAGGAGCUCAGAGGGUGGUGAGAAGGGUCUAAACUCCCCUCUCCUCCAGCAAACCAUUCUGUCUAUCUUUUAAAGGCCCCUUUAAUAUGAAUCGGGGUGGCAGUUGGACCUAAACCCAGGGGUCACACUUGAGAAACAGCAUGAACCCUUGUAGGAUGGCAAUACAUUUAGAGAAGCCCCAGACCCUCCUUUCAAUGCUACCUGGUUCCUGUGGGUCUUACUAUGUUGGUGAAUCAUAUCACAAGAUUGUCCUCUCUGUAAGUUAUUUGAACUGCUGAAAGCGAUGAGUCCCCCAGGGUCCUCCCUUUCUGAGAAGAGGUGAGGUGGGGUGGAUGAAGCAGGUACCUAACAGGACCCAUGGGAUGCAGGGUCACAGGAACCCAGGCUGGCCAGGGUGUGCAGUGUAAGUAAUGCCAUGGGUGGUUUUGGUGAAAUGUCUGUCUGACAAUCGUCACAUGAGCGUCUGACUUACUGUCUUCCCUUGUACAUAGGCUGUCUGUGUUUGACUUUUUCUAGUCCCAGAUGGAUUCCAUGUAAUAUUCUAUGCUGUGACAAUGCCACUCUCCCCUAAGAUCACACAUCACCCCACAAAUGGUUCUGCCUUUAUGCUAACACAUCGAGCCGCUGAUAUGCAGUUGGAUGGUCAGGCUCUUGGAUUUUAUUUUGCAAUUUUAUAUAUAUACAUAUAUAAUAUAUAUUUAUGGGUUGGUUUUAUAUGGUUUUUCUGUUUGAAUCUAUGAGCAACAAAGCUUCCCUUUGAUUUCGAUGAGAACUUUCCAAAGGCCUUUUGCUGCUUUGGUGUCUGACUGUGUUUGGGGUGGACUCUGCUUGUGGGUUUCUCUGUGUGUGUGCCGUUAUUUCACCUGCAGAUCUUACCCUAGUAAACCAGAUGUGCUCGGC